GUGCUCACCCAGUCAAUAAUCGACAAAAACCUCCAAGAUGGCUGGUAUUAAGCGAAAAUCCGCAGCUGCCGCGCAGCCCGAAGUCAAGAGCAAGAGCAAGAAAGUCAAGACCGAAAAGCCGGCGAAGCGAUCAAGCGACAAGGACGCGGUCAAGCUCUCGAAGAGCUCCAAGAAGUCGAAGCGCAAAGAUGAUUCCGACGAUCUUAUGGAGUCAGACACAAGCGAGGUGGAGAAUGGCUUCUACGGAUUCUCGGCAAGCAAAGACGAAGACGCGCCCAUGGCCGAUGAGGCCGACGACGGAUUUGUUGGAGAAGAGCUCGAGGCCGCGCUAGACAAUGACACAGUCAAAGAGAAGAAGAAGAGCAAAAAGGACAAGGAUGGCAAGAGCGAAAACAAGAAGGAGAAGAAGGCUUCGAAAGAGAGCGGAGCAGCAGAAGAGAAAUCCUCUGCGCUGGCAGGCCUGAACGCCAAUUCUUCGCGCGAGGCUCACGCCAAGCAGAAGGCGCUUGCAAAAGAGCGCAAAGCUGCCAGACCUAACGCUGAGGUCAUGGAACAACUGAAGGAGCUGUGGGAGAAGUUGAGACUGAAGGCCAACGUCUCCGCAGAAGAAAGGAAAGAUCUCAUCGACAGGACCUUCGAGCUUGUAACUGGCCGCAUCAAGGAGUUCGUCUUCAAGCACGACACCGUUCGCGUCAUCCAGUCUGCGCUCAAAUACACACACUCAAUGGAUCAAAGGCGCAUUAUUGCCCAAGAGCUCAAGGGCGAGUUCAAAGGCUUGGCUGAGGGAAAAUACGCCAAGUUUCUGAUCGCAAAGCUCCUGGAGAAGGGAGACGCAGAGAUCCGCGGGCUGAUUAUUCAAGAGUUCUACGGGAACGUCCGCCGUUUGAUCAACCACCCCGAAGCUUCGUGGAUUCUCGACGAUACGUAUCGCCAAGUUGCUACACCCGCACAAAAGGCACGACUCCUGCGAGAGUGGUAUGGUCCCGAGUUCUCCAUCAAGGGGCUUGGAGACGAUAAGGAUGUCGACAACAGUGAUCUGAAUGCGAUCUUGGAAAAGUCCCCCGAGAAGCGUAAGCCAAUCAUGGACUACCUGGAGCAGCAGAUCAACCAGCUCAUCCAGAAGAAACAAACCGGUUUCACCAUGCUUCACGACGCCAUGCUACAAUAUUUCCUAACCUGCAAACCGAACACAACCGAAGCAAGCGAUUUCUUGGAUCACCUCAAGCCGGAUCCUACCCUAAAAGAAGGAGAGGAGGCAGACAACAUUGAUCUGCUCAAGAACCUGGCUUUCACAAAGCCCGGUUCGCGCCUUGUGUCACUUGCUUUCGCCUAUGGAGCUGCGAAAGACCGCAAGAUCCUGUUGCGGCCAUACAAGGAUACCAUUGAGACUAUGGCGUACGACGCUAACGCUCACAAUGUCUUGUUGGCGGCAUUGGCGGUCACGGAUGACACGAAGCUGACCUCGAAGUCAAUCUUUGGCGAGCUGCUGCCCGCUGUUGGGAGCGACCAACUUGCAGAGAAGAUACAAAACCUGUCCAACGACGCCCGCGCACGCUGUGUCCUCCUGUACCCUUUUGCAUCGGACUCAAAGUGGCUUCUAGAUGAGGAAACUCGUGGAAGGCUCGCGGAAGUGUACAAGGUCCGCGAGAUCACCUCAAAGAAGGAUGCAAAUAUCCGAAAUCAGGAACUUGCGAAGGCCAUUGAGCCCCAGCUUCUGGCAGCUGUCAGUCAAAAUGCGGAGUAUUUGGCCCAGUCCUACCAGGGACUGCAACUCAUUGGCGAAGUGCUCGUCGGAGCACCAGAAGUUGAGCCGAAGGUGCGACAAGAGGCCCUGAAGAAGGUGGCGGGUCUUUCACGGCAAAUCAUCGACGGGGGUGGAUUCAUUACUAGUCACGGUAAGAACAUGCUCAAAACACUGGUCCAGGGCGGUAAAUUCGAUCCCAAGACCAAGAAGGUCGUGCCUGUAGACCCGCCGCUGGGCUUUGCAGACCUGUUUUGGAGCCAAAUCAAGGGCGACUUGAUGACAUGGGCGACCGGCGAGGGUGCCUUCGUCAUUGUUGGCUUGGUUGAGUCUGAGAAUUUCGGACACAAGGACGAAGUCAUACAGGCGCUGAAGAAGGGUCGCAAGCAAUUGCAGGAGGCCGCAGGUCCUGCUAGGGAUGCAAAGACGCCGAAGCCAAAGAAGGGGGCUGCACCACAAAGCCGGGGCAACGCCGGGGCGAGGAUAUUGCUGGAGAAGCUGUAGAUACCACGGUGAUCUUGGGUUAUAUUGCGUUCGACGAAUAGAAUUUGAUGGAGAAGCAUUGAUUGUUGGCGUAUGUUAAUGU